AUGGCCUCCGCAGAACUUGCCACGACAUACGCCGCCCUCAUCCUUGCCGAUGACAACGUUGAAAUCACCUCCGACAAAAUUACUGCUUUGACCAGCGCUGCCGGCGUUGACGUCGAGCCGAUAUGGGCAACCCUGCUCGCUAAGGCUCUGGAGGGAAAGAACGUAAAGGAGCUCCUAUCAAACGUUGGAUCAGGUGGAGGUGCACCUGCCGCUGCACCCGCUGGCGGCGCUGCUGCCGGUGCCGCCGCAGCUGAAGCACCAAAAGAAGAAGAGAAGAAGGAGGAAGAGAAGGAAGAAUCAGACGACGACAUGGGCUUCGGUCUCUUCGAUUGA